AAUGUGAGAGAGCUGCUAUGAAGGGAGUAGAGCCUCUUAAUACUACUACUACUACUCCAUCCUAACGUGUGCAGAGACGAAGUUACUGCACGUCUACGAUUAUCUAGGGAGCUAGCCUAGUUACCAGGGAAAGAAUUGCAAAUACGUAAAAGGUUGAGGUUUUCAUCUUGAGACCAUGGCCAAGAAGAGCAAAUUCAAGCCAAAAACUGGAGGAAAGGCACAAAAUCAGUCAGCUGAAAAGAUAAACCCAUUUGAAAUCCAUGUUAAUCGAUCGAAACAUGAUGUUUUGGGUAGGAAAAGGAAAGAAGACCGAGGUUUGCCUGGAAUAGCAAGAGCAAAAGCUCUGAAAAAACGAGAGAAGACACUCCUGCAGGAAUAUAAAACUCGCCACAAAAGUAAUUUAUUUGUGGAUAGGCGUAUUGGUGAGAAUGACCCAACCUUAGACCCAGAGAAGAAAAUAGCUCUCAGAUUGGCUGCUGUGAAGACCAAACAUGCUAAUAGGAAGUCAAUGUUCAACCUUAAUGAUGAGGAUUUCCUUACUCAUGGAGGGAAAACACUUGAUGAUGACAAUAUAGAUGACAGGAUGGCAUUUAGUGAUGAUGAGGAUGACCAGAUGCUUGAUGGUAAGUUGUGAAGUGUAGUUUAUAGUUAAUAG